UACAAGGCCCAAUAUUCUACAAAGCUUUCUCCAUCUUGUCUUUGAACCAAACAAGAAUUCAGAAAACCUCUCAUGGCCAUCUCCUUCUUCAUCUUCCUCAUCCUCUUUCUCACCCCAACUCUUCUCUCCGCCUCACCUUCAUCAGACGCUCCACAAACCUUCAUCAUACACGUGUCAGAAUCCCACAAGCCAUCCCUCUUCUCCUCCCACCACCACUGGUACGCCUCUAUCAUUCAUUCUCUGCCUCCCUCUCCCCAACACUCUUCCAAGAUCCUUUACUCAUACAACAAAGCCAUCAAUGGCUUCUCCGCUCAUCUCACGGCCUUCCAGGCGGAAAAGUUGAAAGAACAUCCUGGAAUUCUGUCGGUAAUACCUGACGAAAGUCGCCAGCUUCACACCACGCGUACUCAUCACUUUCUUGGAUUGUCCGAUGACUCCGGGCUCUGGCCCAACUCAAACUACGCGGAUGAUGUUAUAAUCGGAGUUCUGGACACCGGAAUAUGGCCUGAUCGUGGGAGUUUUUUCGAUUUUGGAUUGUCCAAUGUUCCCGGAAAAUGGAAAGGAAUCUGUGAAACUGCUCCAGACUUUCCUGCUUCGGCUUGUAACGGGAAGAUUAUCGGAGCUAAAGCAUUUUUUAAGGGGUACGAGGCUUCUCUGGGGAGACCUAUGGAUGAAACGAAGGAAUCAAAAUCUGCUAGGGAUACAGAGGGGCAUGGAACUCAUACAGCUUCAACUGCUGCCGGAGGUUUGGUUUCUAAUGCGAGUUUUUAUGAGUAUGCUUACGGUGAAGCUAGAGGUAUGGCUAUAAAGGCUCGGAUUGCUGCGUAUAAAAUUUGUUGGAAACUUGGUUGUUUUGAUUCUGAUAUACUUGCUGCAAUGGACCAAGCUAUUGCUGAUGGUGUUGAUGUGAUUUCUUUAUCUGUUGGGGCUACCGGUUUUGCUCCUCAUUAUGAUCAUGACUCCAUAGCCAUUGGCGCUUUUGGGGCGGUAAAAAAUGGCGUUGUUGUUUCGUGUUCUGCCGGAAACUCUGGCCCUGGUCCCUAUACUGCUGUGAACAUUGCGCCUUGGAUUUUGACUGUCGGUGCUUCAACGAUUGAUCGGGAGUUCCCUGCGGAUGCAAUUCUUGGAGACGGGACAGUUCUUGGUGGCGUCUCAUUGUACUCUGGUGAGGCUUUACCUGAUUUUAAGCUGCCUUUGAUUGAUGCUGGUGAUUGUGGGAACAGAUUUUGUUACAUAGGAAGUCUGCAGCCUGAAAGAGUUCAAGGGAAAAUUGUUGUUUGCUAUAGAGGAGGGAAUGCUAGAGUUGAAAAAGGAAGUGCUGUGAAACUUGCUGGUGGAUUAGGCAUGGUUUUGGCUAAUACUGCUGAAAGUGGUGAAGAAUUGAUUGCAGAUUCGCAUCUUCUACCCGCCACAAUGGUGGGGGAAAUUGCAGGCAGAAAGAUCAGAGCUUAUCUCAAAUUGAGUCAAUUUCCAACAGCUACAAUUAAGUUCUAUGGCACUGUGAUCAGUCCUUCGCCGCCUGCUCCAAAAGUUGCAGCCUUCUCAAGCCGAGGUCCAAACCAUUUGACACCAGAGAUUCUGAAGCCUGAUGUCAUUGCUCCUGGCGUUAAUAUCUUGGCUGCUUGGACUGGUUCAAAUGGACCAACUGACCUAGACAUUGAUCCUAGAAGAGUUGAUUUCAACAUUAUUUCAGGUACCUCAAUGUCUUGUCCUCAUGUCAGCGGACUUGCUGCGUUGCUCCGGAAGGCAUAUCCAAAUUGGUCGCCUGCUGCAAUCAAAUCUGCUUUGAUGACAACCGCUUAUAACCUGGACAAUUCAGGGGAAAAUAUUAAGGAUCUUGCUAGUGGUCAAGAAUCAACACCGUUUAUCCAUGGUGCUGGCCAUGUUGAUCCUAACAGAGCUCUCAAUCCCGGAUUGGUGUAUGAUAUUGACGGAAGUGACUAUGUUUCAUUUCUUUGCUCAAUUGGUUAUGAUGCUAAAAGAAUUUCGGUUUUUGUUCGAGAGCCUGUCAGCCCAGAUACAUGUUCAGGCAAAUUAGCUAAUCCAGGAGAACUCAAUUAUCCAUCAUUCUCCGUUGUUUUUGAGUCCAACACUGAUGUCGUGACAUACAAGAGAGUGGUGAAGAAUGUUGGGAAUUUAGCUGAUGCUGUUUAUGAGGUUGAAAUAAAGUCUCCACCUAAUGUUGCAGUCAUUGUGUCUCCUCAAAAGCUUGUGUUCAGUGCAGAAAAGCAAAGUCUUUCAUAUUUAGUAACAUUCUCUGGUAUUGGUUUGGGUGGAGCUGGUGUUAACUCACAAAAGUUUGGAGCCAUUGAAUGGAGUGAUGGAGUUCACCAUGUGAGGAGCCCCAUUGCAGUUAGAUGGAAGAGCCAAGGUUCAGUUGACUCCAUGUAAUUUGGGACGCUUUCAGGCUUUCUAAGCCUCUUGUUCACUUAAUGCACACUGAAGAUAGGCAAAACUACUUAUAUAAUAUUUCUUUUUUCUUCAAUGAAGUAGCCAAGAAUGGCAACAAUUCUGGGAGAAAUCUGAAAUUUGUAGUAGUGAGUAGUGUAAAUUAAUUGAAGUAAUAAAUUUCCUUAAAAAGGUGUUGAAGCCCUUA